CCUCACUUAAUUUUUAGGUUAAAAAAUGGAAAAAAAUGAAAAAUUGUUAAAAUAAUCCCUGAAAUAAUGUUAUGAAUACCUGGUGAAUACUUCCUUCAUUUGAAAAAUAUUCAAACAUUUUCCUUUUCUAUUUAUAAACACAGUACUUUAGUACUUUAUUGUGAUAUCAAUAAUUUAUAAUUCAAUAAUUUAUUACCUACAUGCAGACAUCAGAUCUUCAGAUAUAUUUUGGCGAAAAUGUGUGCUCAAUUAAUGUCUCAAGUUUAUAGGUCCCUUAGAAAUAGUAAUUUAAGAAAUGUUGUUUCUUUGUUCUCACGUACUUUGCCACAAAAUAAUGGAGAACCAAAGUGUAGCUAUUCCAUUUUUCACCGAUGUAUUUUAAAUUAUUCUGAAAACUAUGGCAAAAAUGUUAAUACAAUAGUAAGCUUUAGAAGUUACGCUAAAGGAAAAGAUAGAAAAAAAGAAAAAGGAAAAUCAAAGGUUGAAAUUAAUGAAAACCAAAUUGGUGAACUAGUUAAUGUUAAUGAUUUAAAAAGCCAAAUGGAGAAAGCAAUUAUCCAAUUGGAAGAUGAUUUUGUUAAGCAUUUAUCAUUACGUUCUACCACAGGUGCAAUAGAAUCUAUACCAGUAACUUACGAUGGGAAAGAACAUACACUUCAAGAAUUAGCACAAAUUAUAAGAAAAAACCCUAAAACGAUAGUAGUAAAUUUUUCUAGUUUUCCUCAAGUAAUACCUGAUGCCUUAAAAGCAAUCUCAAAAUCGGGAAUGAACUUAAAUCCCCAACAAGAUGGUACCACUUUAUUCAUUCCUAUACCAAAGGUAACAAAAGAACAUAGGGAACAGCUUUCGAAGAAUGCAAAACAAUUAUUUGUUAAAUCAAAAGAUAACAUUAGAGUUGUUCAACAGAAAUAUAUAAAACAACUUAAAAGAAAAGAUAAAGUUUCAGAAGAUUUGAUUAGGAGUGUUGAACAACAGAUUAUAGCUAUUGGAGAUCACUUUAUUACAGAAGCAGAGAAUUUACUCAAUAGAAAACAAAAUGAAUUGUUAGGAGAUAAAUAACUAUACUGUAUGUGUAUAUUUGUAUUUAUAAAGACUUAAUAUAUAUUAUAUAUUCCUUAUUGUGCUAUUCACUUAAAAAAUUCAAAAUAAAAGAUAUGUAAUUAGUA